AUGUCUCUAUGGGUAGACAAGUAUAGACCAAAGACAUUAUCGCAAUUGUCAUAUCAUGAGAGUAUAACUCAAAACUUGCGUGCACUUUCCAAGUCUGGAGAUUUCCCCCAUCUUUUAGUUUAUGGACCAAGUGGAGCAGGAAAGAAGACGAGAAUAUACUGUACUUUACAUGAAAUAUUCGGAUCCUCAGUUGAAAAGCUUAAAAUUGAUGUCAAAAACUUUGUAACUACAUCCAAUCGUAAACUUGAAUUCAAUGUUUUGAGUUCUCCAUACCAUUUGGAAAUAACACCUUCAGAUAUGGGCAACAAUGAUCGUGUUGUAAUUCAAGAUUUGUUGAAGGAUGUCGCCUCAACAGAACAAGUUGAUUUUGGGAAUCAAAACAACAGAAGACACAGGUUUAAAGUGGUGAUCAUCAAUGAAGCUGAUUCGUUAAGUAGGGAUGCACAGGCGGCUUUGAGAAGAACUAUGGAAAAGUACUCAUCAAAUAUUAGAUUGAUUUUGGUGUGUAAUUCGAUAUCCAACAUUAUUGCCCCUAUUAAAUCAAGAACUUUAUUGGUGAGAAUUCCUAGUCCAUCAGUUGAAAAUAUAAGUUCAAUUUUGGGUCACGUUGCUGAGAAGGAGCAUGUCAAGUUUUCAUCCAGCAAUGGACAAGAGAUAGCUCAAUUCUACAGUCAAGUGGCGACUACAAGUCAUUGUAACUUGAGAAGAUCACUAUUGGCAUUUGAAACUAUUUACAUGCAAAAUGAAACUAUCAAUGUUAAGCAAUUGCAUUCAGUAAUUGUAUUAGAUUGGGAAAUUGUUAUAAAGAAUAUGGCCAAAACAAUUACUACCAGUAGGAAUGUGGCGACAUUGGCCAAAUUGAGAACUGUUUCAUACGAGUUGCUAUCUCAUUGUAUUCCCGCAAGAACUAUUUUGAAGAAUUUAUUGUUUGAAUUGAUUAAUUUGGCAGCGGGAAAGACGGCUUUAAUACAAGAAAUCGUGAAAGUUGCAUCUACUUUUGAUGAGAGAUUGAGUCUUGGCCAAAAAAGUAUCUUCCAUUUGGAAGGUUUUGUAGCAAAGAUUAUGGUCGCAAUUGAUAAUUACAGUUAA